AUGGUAUCGACAUUAAAUGAAUGCGAUAUCGUUAUGGCGAUGGAGGUAAUGGCUAAAGAUAAAAAUUUAAGCCUCUGGAAAGCUGCCAAGAUUUACAAUAUUACUCAUACAACACUCAUACAUAGAAUGAAAAAGAUCACUCCUGCCUCCGAAUAUCGUCAAAAACAGCAUAAAAUUACUAAAAUUGAAGAGGAGGAAUGUGAUAUAUGGAAUUUUGAUGAAACAGGCUUUAUGAUGGGAGUGAUAUCCUUUAGUAUGGUUAUUACUAGUGUAGAUAGAUGUGGCAAAAGUAAAGGAAUACAGCCAGGCAAUAGAGAAUGGUCGACAGCGAUUGUAUGUGGUAAUGCAACGGGGGAGAAUAUACCUCUAUAUCUCCUUGUUCAAGGACAAAUGCACCUAGCCAAUUGGUACAGCGAGACGGAUAUGCCUCCCGAAUGA